AAUGCUGCAUUCUGCAUCAUGCAGCAUCAUGUGGCAUCGCAAUCGUGUCAUUCAUGUCUAUUGCAGUCUCAGACAGUCUCAGACUAUUAGUUAUCGUUAUCAAAGCUAAAUAUUAUUUUAUGUUAAUCUUUAUACUGCAAAUUUAUCAUACAAGCACAUUUAUUUCAAGUGUUACUUCUGAAAAUUGUUAGCAAUGCAAUGUACGAAGCUUUCAUUAGCGGUUAUCGUUUAGCUGAUGUAUCACAUGGCAAACCUUAUUAUGUUUAUUGCAUCGAGAUUUUGGAGUCAAAGACUGGCGCUCGAUAUUUCAUCGAGAGAAGAUACAGCGAAUUUAGUGCAUUACAUCGUAAGUUGAAGAAAGAUAAUUCAGAUAUUGCACCAUUUCCGCCAAAGAGAGUAAGAAAUUCCCAACCAAAAGUAUUGGAACAGCGACGAGCAGCUUUAGAAUUGUAUAUACAGAAAAUGCUAAGUCUGUUAGCAACGAAACAGCAAGUCCUCAAUUUUUUGGGUAUAGAAAGCCAAGAAGCUGCAUUUCAUCAAAGAAUACAUAAAACUGCAGAUAAUUCAAUGCAUAAUCAUCCAAAUACAUUGGGGCAUCAUCCAGUUUUGACCUUCCAUUGUGAUCCAUAUGUCUCAGCUGACUCGAUUAGCAGUCUUUCAGAUGUUGUGACUAACGGUGUAUUACUAGGUAUAUAUAAAUCGUGAAAUUAUGAGUGAUUGCAAGGUUGAAAUAAGAUCACUUUGACAGUGGUAAGUAGGUAUAGAUAUUCAUUUAAAUGAAAGGAUGUAUAAUAACUCUGACGAAAAUAAAUAUCGGAGCAUUUACUUUUUAAAAUGCUUUUUUUAUAUUCUAAUUAAAAUGCUUUUUUUAUAUCCUUCCUAAAAGUAUUUACGCUUUUGUCACAAUCUACUCUUAUAUUUGAGUUAUACUCUGAUCUUUAUUUUCGUCAGAGAAUUGAUAAUAAAAUUUUUGAACAAAAAAUUUAUUUUUUGCGAAUAAGAUAAUUUGGUUCUUGGAACAAAGGCUGUAUGAAAUGUAUUCAUAAAAUGUAUUAUCAAAUAAGACUUAAAAUUCAAAACCUGGCACAGGGUUUGCAUAUGCGAAUUAACUGACUUUGUUAAAUAUAACAAUUGAGUUCUUGAUAUCUAUCACGAGAAGAGAAAUAAAGGAUUGAUUUUCUUAUAUAUUACGCGUUAGAGAGCGUCAAGAAUCUGUGCUUUGGCCUUUAUUGAAAAUAAUUUAUAUCAAAAAGAAAGAAUGACAAAUUAAAAAUUUUUAUUUUAUAUAAUAGAAUCUCAUUUAUGUUGUAUAGUAUAAAACUCAAAGCACAUCACACUUGACAAACGAACAAGCAAAAGAAAAUAUCGAAUGAGAUGAAAUUUAUAUUGUCAAGAAUUUAGGACAGUGCUAAAAUUAAUUACAACUUGAAUUUUCAUAUUCAUUGUUUUCCUCCCCUACGUUUUAACAAAUCUCGAGAUUUUAUUCUCUUUUGAUAAUAUUUAAAUGUGAAUGACAUAAAAUUUUAAAAUUUAUUCAUAAAUAAGUAUUUAUAAAAGUCAAAUUAUGUUUAUAAUUUAUACAAUUAUGUUUAUAUAUUUAUACAAAAAAAAUUGUAUCACCUAUCUUCUAAUAUGACAAACAUUGUAUAUAUGUAUGAAAUGUCAUACAGGAAAUAAAAAUUAAAUUAUACCAAA